CUGAAAGUCCAGUGAGUGUAGAUGAUCUGUAGGAGUUUAAUGGACACUUUCCAGAUGAUUGAGUUCUUCCUGGUUGAUGUGAAUCUUUCUGACACACAGUGUUCCCUACUGCCAUGAUUUCAGCUCGACCACUGAGAUGGGUUUUACUGUUUCUAUUCCCGUCUCUCAGUCAUCAGGCUUCUUCUGAAUAUUUUUCACUGAAGGUUGAGUCUCCAGUCUCAGGGCUCCUUGGUUCCUCUGUGUCUCUGCCCUGUGCUGUCACCAACAAUAUGGAUGUUCGACCCAUGGAAGUGCGCUGGUACCGUCCCAAUAUGUAUGACACCCCGGCUCUGUUCUACAGAGACACAGAGAUCCAGAAGAGUCCUGUAGAUGUUCAGUACCAGGGCAGAGUGUUCCUGUUAGGAGAUCUGGAGAAAGGAGACGUCUCUGUGAAACUGGAGAACCUGACGCUAACAGAUAGAGGAGACUAUGUGUGUCAUGUGAAAAGUGAUAUCUGGUUCGAUAAGGCCACAGUGUCCCUCAGACUGAGGGUGGUGGGAUCCACUCCUGUUCUCUCCAUACAUGAAGCAGAAGAAGGGAAGGUGAAUGUUAGCUGUCAGUCACAUGGUUGGCUUCCUGAGCCGUCAAUCACCUGGACAGAUAAAGAUGGGAGAGAUCUGAAACAUCUCAGUAACGACACGUUCACCAACAACUCUGUAGGGACUGUAGAUGUGAGCUCGUGGCUGAUUGUGUCUCCCUCUGAGUCUGAGUGGAUCUCCUGCUCUGUGGGUUUGUCUGAUCAGGAGAGAAAAGAAGACAGAAUAAUGUUACACGUCCCUGCACAGUCGUUGACUGGAUACAUCAUCAUCAUCAUCAUUCCCGUUCUUCUGGUGCUGUGUGUCGUCGGAAUUGCAGUGUAUUGUGUGCUACGUAAAAAAGAAGAUUUAUUUACAUAUAAAACAGCAGGAACUCAGUCAGAAACUGAACCUUUGAAUAAAAUCCGUGUGGAGAAUCAGGAUCCGACUGACGCUCCAUCUACAGGUACAGUUCCUCACACUGUGGUUGUAGAUUUAGACCAAGUGAAACAAUACAAAGUGAACAUCAGCAUCGACCCAGAGGAAACUCCAGAGUCUCUAAUAUACGAGGGAAAGGAAGUGAAGAUAACUCCUGCGAACGUUUACCCGGGCGGUCUUCCUGAUAAUGUUAAAAUCUUCACUCUGUGUAAAGAGAGGUUUCAGGCUGGUAAACAUUACUGGGAGGUGAAACUGAGAGAGUCACAGAAAAUAGUAAAAUUCUCCUGGUUUGUUGGUGUAGCGAGUGAUGAAGCUGAGAAAGAGUUCCAGUUUAGACCACAGGAUGGGUUCUGGGUUCUCUGUUAUGAAGGAGGAGAAGUUUCUAAUAAAAGAGAUAAAGGAGUUUAUAUCAGAGAAAAAGGAAAACUGAUUUCACUCCCAGACGUUAAUAAAGAGCUGACAGCAGUGGGAGUGUUUUUAGACUGUGAUACACACACACUGUCAUUUUAUAAUAUUAAUACACACUCACACAUCUACACUUUCACUAAUGUGGACGUCAGAACAUCACUGCGUCCUCUGAUCAGCCCUGGAGUCAGAGACCCUCAUCCUGUAUGGAUUAUUUAGGAGAAUAAAGACAUCUGUAAUAUGAUGAUGUGUGAGUUUAUAAUGUAUUAAUAUAAAGUGUGUAUACAUA